GCCGCGCCACUCUGUCAGGUGUGUGGGGCCGCGGUGUGUCAAGUCCUCCGGCCGCCCUGUACCCGCUCGCUCCCGCUCGCCCGCCUGCGGCUCCAGCGCCCUCACCUCGGCCUCCCUCGUCCGCCCGCCCGGCUCUCGCAGCCUCCGCGAGCCACCCCGGACCUUGUGCCCUCGAGCUCUCCCGGCGCCCGCCCGACGGGGCUGCCUCCGGCCAUGGUACCGGCCCAGGAGGAGCCCGUGGCCGCCGCCACACAGGGGACAAGCGAGGCACAGCCACCGGGGCCCGCGCCCUCGGAGGACGCUCCGCUGCCCGGCCAGGGACCCUCGGACGGCCCCGACGUGUCUUCAGAGAAGGUGGAGGUGGAGCUGACGAGGUCAACGGGCGACGAGCCCCCCGUUCCCCCCGAGGGAGGCUGGGGCUGGCUGGUGAUGCUGGCGGCCAUGUGGUGCAACGGGUCGGUGUUCGGCAUCCAGAACGCCUAUGGGGUGCUCUUCGUGUCCAUGCAGGACACCUUCGGGGGCAAGGACAGUGACAACAUGGCCUUCAAGACAGCGUGGGUAGGCUCGCUGUCCAUGGGCAUGAUCUUCUUCUGCUGCCCCAUAGUCAGUGUCUUCACAGACAUGUUCGGCUGCCGGAAAACAGCCGUCGUGGGUGCUGCCGUGGGAUUCAUCGGCCUCAUGUCCAGUUCUUUCGUAAGUUCCAUCGAGCCUCUGUAUCUUACCUAUGGAAUCAUAUUUGCCUGCGGCUGCUCCUUUGCAUACCAGCCUUCACUGGUUAUCUUGGGACACUACUUCAAGAAGCGCCUCGGACUAGUUAAUGGCAUCGUCACGGCCGGCAGCAGUGUCUUCACAAUUUUACUCCCUUUGCUUUUAGGGAACCUGACCAACAGCGUGGGCCUCUUUUACACUCUGAGAGUCCUCUGCAUCUUCAUGUUUGUGCUCUUCCUGGCUGGCUUUACUUACCGACCUCUUGUUCCCAGCACCAAAGAGAAAGAGAGUGAGGGCAGCAGGCUCUCCUUCUUUUCCCGGAGAAAGUUUAGUCCUCCAAAGAAAUUUUUCAAUUUUGCCAUCUUCAAGGUGACAGCUUAUGCAGUGUGGGCCGCCGGAAUUCCACUUGCGCUCUUUGGAUACUUUGUGCCUUAUGUCCACUUGAUGAACCAUGUAAAGGAAAGAUUCCAGGACGAGAAGAACAAGGAAGUGCUUUUCAUGUGCAUUGGCAUCACUUCUGGAGUUGGACGCCUUCUCUUUGGCCGCAUUGCAGACUAUGUGCCCGGACUGAAGAAGGUUUACCUGCAGGUGCUCUCCUUUUUCUUCAUUGGCUUCAUGUCCAUGAUGAUUCCGCUGUGCAGCGUCUUUGGGGCCCUCAUUGCUGUCUGCCUUGUCAUGGGCCUCUUCGAUGGAUGUUUCAUUUCUAUCAUGGCUCCCAUUGCCUUUGAACUAGUCGGUCCUCAGGAUGCUUCCCAAGCCAUUGGAUUUCUUCUGGGAUUCAUGUCUAUACCCAUGACUGUGGGUCCUCCAGUUGCAGGGUUACUUCAUGACAAGCUGGGCUCCUAUAAUGUGGCCUUUUAUCUUGCUGGAAUCCCUCCCUUUGUUGGAGGCAUUGUGCUCUGUUUAAUCCCGUGGAUCCAUAGUAAGAAGCAGAGAGAGAUGAGUAGAAGCCCUGGAGGGGAGAAGAUGGAGAAGAUGCUGGAGAACCAGAACUCUCUGCUGUCAAGCUCCUCCAGGAUCUUCAAAAAACAAUCAGACUCUAUUAUUUAAUGCCAGACAUACCUCCACCUGACUGGAUUUGCUUUUGAAGUUUCCCUUUUAUAUGAAUUGCAAAUUUCUUAUUUUUUUAAUCAUCCUUGGAAUAGCACAAAUGGGAAAUGGAGCCUUUAUCUCCAUGGGAGCCAUUUUCUCUCCCCAAACAGCUUUGGUACUCCCAGGAACUGGGAAGAGACUGUUACAGCAUCGUAUCUGGAAGCUGAACUCAAAGCUGUCUUAGUGGCAGGCAGCCGUGAAGCCAUGGAUGCUGUGUAGCCGGCCCAGACACACACAGUGGACUUAGAGCUACGCGAAAGGGUAGCAGUUUGGUUCAUACCGGAAGUAUUUUGUUGGUUGCUUCUUUUGGUGUUUUUAGUUCCAGUGUUUUAGUUUCUUCUGCAUUUUGUAACUUUUUGCAAAAUUCAAGCCUGGAUCCUAGAUAAAAACCUAAACCUCAAGUCUGUUGAAUGGCCUAAGCUAUGAAAGUGGGUGAUUCUGACGUGCUCCGGUGUCAUGGGACACCCAGGAUGUCUGAGAUGAUGGGGCCUCUCAUAGGCAGCCCUCGGGCGUUUCUUCUGCUCGCCUUUGUUACCCUUGGUCUGUAGUGUGUUUUACUCCAGUAGCCAGAAACACACCAAAUUUCUGAUUUUGUGUAGACAAUAAAGUAAAUAGAAUGUAUAAAAGCUUUCCUGGUAAUUUUAACAGGGUUUUUCUGACUUCUGGAUUCAUUGGUACUGUAUUGUGAGUGUUUUAAUGAGCAUGCUAUCAGUUGGUGUAAUGGGCACCGAUUGGAGGUAGGAUAGACUGUUUCACACAUUAGAAAAAUAUCUGAUAGAAAUCAUUGCUUAAAUCGACUUACGGAAUUAUGGUUCUAAAAGGUUAAAUAUACUUAUGAGAAGAAAUAAUUCCUAAAAUUUCAAAAUAAUUUUAGCAAAAAUGUGCAUUUGUGUGUACAGUCGUGUGCCAGUGACAGGGAUACUGAGAAGCCUGAUGGCCGGUGCUUUCCUUGUCUCGCCGUCAGAGUGGAUGUGCACAGAGUUGAUGUGCACAGACUGAGGAGAUGCCAUGGUAACCAGCCGAUAGGAUUUGUUAGCACAGUAUUAUGUAUGUACCUCUUUUGACUAAACAAUCAGUGUGGUAUUUAUCUGCCAUGUGCUCCGUAUUAAUUCCCACCAUCCCCUAUUUAUGUCCAGACUGUAGAAACCAAGGUAUUAGCUUUGAGGACCUAAAAUUAAACCAAAGUCAGGCCAUGGCCCAUGACUCAUUUAUAAAAACAGGAAUACAUUCCUAUGUCUUUGAAAUUAUAUUUUAGACCUUUAAAGAUUAAAAUGCAAAGUGUAUUUAAAUCAUUAGCCUAGAUGAAUAUUAAAUCAUAGUUGAAUGUAGCUUGCUUGUUCAUGUGAAAUGUAUUAUCUUUCCCUAAGCACUUCCAGGAUCCUUCCAAGGUGAUCUGGAAGGUGAGAAAUAACCUUACUAUCUCACUACCUGGCUCUCUCCCUUCUGCCAUUUCCUCUCUCUCUCUAGCUGGGGGUGGGGCUACCUGGAGAGAGCGCAGACUUGUGCUUGGUGGGGGAGGUAGAGGGCAGAGGAAGUGAGACUGCCUCAGGAAACCUGGGAGACUUUUCCUCUUCAUAGCAGGCUUUCGCACCUGCCACCGUGGAAGUAACAGCCUACAUGCUAAGUGUACAAUUUCUUUUAAGGGGGUUUGAAUAACGGUAAUUUAUUUAUUAUUUAUUUAUCAUGACAUGGAGUCUAAGUAGAUCAGAUUGGCCUUCAGCUCUCUCCUGUUGCUUCAGACUUGUGUAGGAAUCGCUGGGGUGUGCUGGCAUGUGUGGCAGUAAUUUUGAUUUUGAAGGUAUAAGCUUACAAGACUGUAUAGAUGCAGCUGUUUUCAUUUUAAGGCAAGGUCUCACUAAGGAGCCUAAGCUGGCCUGGAGCUCACUAUGUAGCCCAGACUGGCUCAAACUCACAGAGCUCUUUUAGGUUUUUGGAAGCAGUCUUGAUAUGUGGUCCAGAAGGAACUGGAACUUGAGGUCCUCCUGCUUCAGCUUGCUAAAUGGAGGAAUCACAGGUGUGUGCUCCCGUGCCCAGCGUCAGCUUACUACUGCACCCUUUGUUUUUCUGUUUUAAAUUGAAGGGUCUUUGGCAAUUUUUUUGCAAAAGGUUCUCUUUCAGGAGGUAUGUAUGUUCACGCAUAAACACACACACUGGUUUUUCCAGACAAAGGUUUCUUUGUGUAGCCUUUGCUGUCCUGGAACUCCCUCUGUAGAGCAGGCUGGCCUGAAUCUCCUAGAGAUCUGCCUGUCUCCGCCUCCCAAGUGCUGGGAUUACAGGCAUGCCGGGAUUACACUCCCUGGCUCAGGAGGAAAAUAUCUUAACCAUAUUGUCCUUUCUUUCUUGUUUUAGAGAAGGUUUUACCAUGUAACCCUGGCUGGCCUAGAACUCAGAGAGAUCAUCUGCCUCUGGCUCCCCUGCUGGGUUUAGUGCUGUGCACUAUAACUCCUGUCUUCUGUCUCCUUGAGUGUUGAGUUCAGGCACACGGGGUUAACACAUGGGAGAGAGGUGCUUUUCCAAGUAGCACAGGGAACAUGACAUGAAUUUGUCCUGCUGGAGGUUUACAAAUACUUUCACCAAGUCUAACAGUAGCAUAGGUAUACAAGCCAGAAGUUCCCAACCUAAUUUCUGUUUCUCAAUAAAUCUAACUAUAGGUAUCUUUCAGUUUCAGUGAGUUCUGGAGGGAGAAUGCCUUGUAGUCAUGAAUUAGCUUGUAUGUAAUAAGGACUCUCAGCACAAAAUAAUGUUGAGAAGCCAUGUUAGAGCUGGGAAGCCACCAGGAGCCUGGGAAUGGCAAUUGUUCUAAAGUACGUAAUGUUUUCAGCAUAUAAGUAACUACAGACAACUUGUUAAAUUACUUUUAAAGAUUUAUUUUAUAUAUGUAUGUGUUUGUACAGGUAGCCACAGAGGCCAGAAUGGGGCAUCCUAUCCCUUGGAGCUAGAGCUCGGGUAUUGUGAGGAGCUGGGAUCUGAACUCCAGUCCUCUGGUGGAGUAGUGAAUGCUCCCCCACCUCCAAAAAAACAAGAGAGUUACAGGAGAUUGUGAGCCAAUCUGUGGGUGCUGGGAACAGAACUCAAGUCCUUUUCAAGAGCACCAAGUGCUCUUAACUGUUGAGCCACCUCUCCAGACCCAAUAUAUAUAUUUACAUAUAUAUAUAUAUUAAAAAACUGUAAGACAAUGGAAAAUGUGUUCAACCAACAAAACCAUACAUGUAUUUUAUACAUACAUUUGAGGAAUUUUACAUAUGAAGAUAUUACUGAGUUCAAAUACAUGGCAGGAUCCGGUUUUUGUUAACACUCAAUGAUUUAAGUUUUAUUUACAAGAAAUUGACCACCAAAUUAAGCCUUUGUAAUGAACAUAGCCUCCUAAGAGAAUAACUUUAAAGAAAAGCCUCUCAUUAGUGUUUCUAGCACAGAGUGAGUGUGUAAAACACUCAUGGAUUGGGGAUAUCUCACUGUGGUAGGGCGCUUGCCCUGCGUGCCCAAAGCCCCAGACUCAUGACAAGAUGUCAAAAAGAAAAGAAAAAAAGGAUAUGUAUCUUAUAAUUGGAUUUGAUUAAGGAGAUAUUUUGAACAUUUAAGCUAUUUAACUUUUUCAGCCUAAAGUCAAUUUUUUAAGUCAUUGGUCUUAAAAUUUGAAUAUUGAGUUACUUACUGAGUAUUUUUGUAAUCUGAAAAAAUUCUCAUUGAAAGUAUCCUUGUUUGGGGACUGGAGAGAUGGCUCAGCAACUAAGAACACUUGACUGCUCUUCAAAAGUACCCGGGUUCAUUUCUUGGGACCCACAUGGCAGCUCACAACUGUCUGUAACUCCAGUUCCAGGGGAUCUGACACCCUCACACAGGUAUACAUAUAGGCAAAAUACCAAUAUACUUUAAAUAAAAAUAAAUAAUUUAAAGAAAGAAAAAAUGAUAGUUCACUUUUUUAAAAGUAUUUACUUAUUUAUUAUUUACACAACGUUUUCUCUGUAUAUUUGUCUGCAUGUCAGAAGAGGGCACCAGAUCUCAUUACAGAUGGUUGUGAGCCACCAUGUGGUUGCUGGGAAUCGAACUCAGGACCUCUGGAAGAGCAGCCAGUUCUCCUAACCUCUGAGCUGUCUCUCCAGUCCCUGACAGACUAAAACUGCACCUGGGCCAAUGUCCACAAACCUCAGUUCCAUGCUUGUGAUCAACAGUGUUGGGCUCCUGCCUGGUGCUCCUAGCACUAUGCUUAUGACAGUGUCAGACUCACCAAAAAUGUCACCAAGAGGUACCUGGAGGCCCCAGUCCAUGAGCUUCUGUAAGAAGGAUUCAGACAACCACGGUCAUGGGGGUUAGUGUAGUCCCGCUUUCCUUCACAGACUUUGCCUCAACUGUUUCAUAAGAAUGAGCAAACCUCACUGCCAAUGUUGUCUUGUUAGCUAGAAAGACCAUGCGGUCCCAGCUGGGUCUGCUGGGUUCCCUGUUAAUUAUCGUGAGUUACGUGUGCAAGGAGGGCCUUACUGACCAUAUUCCAGAGUUCCUCCCACAGCAGCUUCUGAUGUAGCGAUUAAUUAGGGGAGCCAAAGACCCGACAGUUAUAAAGGUACCGUGUCGCGAGAAAUAGCGCUGCAUCCUGUCCUUCUCCCGUCAGGUUAUCUCAGCUUGAAAGUUAGAGCUACAACAGACUGAACUUAGCAGUAUUGAGAAAAAGACUGUCUGUUUUAAGUAUCUCUUGGCAUCUUCUUACUAUUUCUACUUAUAUUUUAUCUUAAUGUUUAUCUGAAAAAAUUAUUUUAUAUAGUUUGAAAGUUCAAACACUUAGCAAAACCAAAUAUUCCAAACGUUCCUAGCGCUCCAUGUGAGCACGCCUCUCCCGCCCUCUCUCCUCCUCUCUCCGCUCCCCUUUCACUCUCAGCCACCCCCUCCCGUCUCCCCUCCUCUCCUACAUGGGGUGCCAACCUUCCCAUAGAUGUGUAAAUAUAGCUAACUGUGUGAAAGUGCCAUGCUUGGACUGACCAGCAUGGAUAUUUUCCUAGUUUUGAGAAAUUCUGCUUCUUUUAAAGUAAUAUACUUUAUAAUUGAUUUUUUUAAAAAUGUGAUUUAUAUAUUUCAUAUACAGACAAUCAAAACCUUUUUAAUGAAGAGUGAUUUGUAAUUUGGAGAAUACAGUCAUUUUACUAUGGGGAAAUGUGAUUCUCUCAGUAAAUGCAAUAAAAGUUUUAGCAAAUUCCUGUAA